AUGUAUAGCUACUUUGAGUGGGCUACUAUUACUACCUUGCUUCAGAUUUUAUUCUCCUUAUCGGCCGUGAGCGGCGUCAGCUGGGAAGAAUGGUGGACCUACGACGGUAUUUCAGGUCCAGCGUUUUGGGGCCUGAUAAACCCGGAGUGGUCUUUAUGCAACAAAGGCCGGCGGCAAUCCCCGGUGAAUCUCGAACCGGAGAAGCUGCUUUUCGACCCAAAUCUACGCUUUUUGCAUAUAGAUAAGCAUAGGAUUAACGGUCUGAUUAGCAAUACGGGACACUCGGUCAUAUUCACGGUUGAGAACGAGACCCGGCAUCACAUAAACAUCACGGGCGGCCCGCUAUCCUACAAGUAUCAAUUCCAUGAGAUACAUAUUCAUUACGGACUUCACGAUCAAUUUGGAUCCGAGCACGCUAUCAACGGAUAUUCGUUUCCCGCCGAGAUACAAAUCUUCGGCUUUAACUCGCAACUGUAUUCAAACUUCUCCGAGGCACUGCACAAAGCUCAAGGAAUCGUUUCAAUAUCGUUGCUGUUACAACUUGGAGAUUUAUCGAAUCCUGAACUAAGGAUUUUGACGGAAGAGCUAGAAAAUAUUAAAUACGGAGGAGCAGAAAUGCCUGUAAACAGGUUAUCAGUACGGGGUCUGUUACCCGAUACGGACUACUACAUGACUUAUGACGGGUCAACGACGGCCCCUGCCUGCUUUGAAACUGUUACGUGGAUAAUAAUCAACAAGCCCAUAUAUAUCACAAAACAACAGUUACACGGACUGCGGCGCCUCAUGCAAGGGGACGCUCGUCACCCGAAGGCACCCCUUGGUAAUAACUUUAGACCGCCACAGCCUCUCCACCAUCGUGCAGUUAGGACUAACAUCGACUUCGACUUGAGCAAGUACCCUGGGAAAACUUGUCCAAGUAUGCAUCGAGAUAUGCACUACAAAGCCAAAACAUGGACGCAAUAU